AUGUCUGACAAUCAAGCUAUCCCUCUUAUCAAGAAUAAGAAGAAAAGUAGUGUUGGUAAAACAAGGUUGAAGACGACAACUCCUUCUCUCGAAGCUGGCGGAUCUCCACGCUCCACUCCCAGUCCUCUGACUUCUCCUCCAUCUCCCACGGCGGUAGCACUUGAAGAGGAUGAUGACUUUACGUUCCCUGAUGAUGAAGGGCAAAGGUUGUUGGAUGAGAGCAGAGUUGCCGGUAAGCUGAAAGACUCCUCUGAUAGAAUACGAGUUCUAGGUGUACCCUUACCAAAACCUCUUCUCUAUCUCCUCUCAGCUCCAGCUAUCCUCUUUGUGUUGAUCCUGAUCCGACCACAUUCGUUCUUUCCUUCUUCCACCCGAAUCACAUUCAGCAACGGUACCGAUUUAUUCCACCCUACGACAAUCCUCAUCUCUCUCGAUGGCUUCCGUCCUUCUUACCUCACCUCUCACUCAUCCCUCUUGCCCAAUCUCCUGUACCUUGCAGAAUCACCAAUAGGACUCCGAGCGGAAUAUAUGCUCCCAAUCUUUCCCACCAUCACAUUUCCAAAUCAUUGGGCUAUGAUGACGGGACUUUAUCCCGCUUGGUCUGGGAUCGUAGCGAAUGAUUUCUUUGCUCCUGACAUGUCAAACGAGGAAUUUUCCCGACCGGCUCCUGUGGACGAUGGACGAGGUGGAGAGCAAAGUGGAAGAGAAUUCAUGUAUACCGAUCCGGAUAAGAGUUGGGAUUCAGGUUGGUGGUGGGGAGAACCUAUGUGGGGUGUGGUAGAGAAGGCUGGGUGUAAGGCCGCCAAUUUGAUGUGGCCAGGUCCUCCAGUCACAUCGACAGGAAUUACCCCGACCUACUUUGUCCCUUUUCGCGAUAUGUCCCCUUCUGACAAAGUCGAACAAAUAUUUCAUUGGCUAGAUCAUCCUCUGUCCCAAAGACCAGUAUUCAUCACCGCGUAUUUCCCCGAGGUGGACGCUGCGGGACAUACUGCUGGUCCUGAAUCGGAAGAGGUGGAAGGUGCUUUGAGAAGUAUGGACAAUAUGGUCGGUGGAUUGAUGGAAGGAUUAGAGAAGAGAAAUUUGACGGGUAUUGUGAAUGUUAUAAUCGUUUCUGAUCAUGGUAUGGCAAGUACAUCCAACGAUCGAUUAAUCUUCCUCGACGAUAUCCUCGGUCCUGAAGGUUUAAAAGACAUAUCACAUAGAGACGGUUGGCCAAAUGUAGGCUUACGUUUUAAUCAAAGCAGUAAUACAACCAGUCAUCUUCAAACACUUUCAAAUGCUGCGGAAGAAUCUAAUGGAUCUUUCGCCGUUUAUACAAAAGAAACAAUGCCAUCACGUUGGAAUUUCAAAGGAACAGAUAGGAUAGCUCCUAUUUAUCUCAUACCGGCUUUAGGAUGGGCAGUGACGGAUCAUCAUGAGUUUGAAGUUGUUUAUAAAGGAGAUUAUCGACCAAAGGGAAAUCAUGGGUAUGAUAAUACGUAUGAAGAAAUGAGAGCUAUUUUCGUGGCUCAAGGUCCUUUUGUGACUUCGGCGAAAGAUCGAAAUCUCAAUAAGACAUUCAUAUCGACUUCACCACUUGUGAUUGAUCCCUUCUCGAACCUCGAAUUAUAUUCUUUGGUCUUGCGUCUUCUCGAUCUGCAAAAUAAGAUUCCACCUCAUAACGGGACAUUACAUUAUUGGGAUCAUUUUCUCUCUUGA